UCAAAGUCACCCCGUUUUACGGUAUGUAAACUUCCAUUACAACUGCUGUUCAGUGACUGACAGCUUAUCAAAACAAAAACAGUUCUAAUGUGUUGUUGUUUGGAAGCGGUCGUUUGAAAAUGAUUUCGAGGUUGGCCAAUUUAAGGGUCCGAACAUUGCAACUAUUCGCUAAAUGUAAGCUGAAGUUUGCUGGAGGUAUGUCCCCGAGCGGAUGGCCCCCAGGUGGUCCAAGACCAGCGGUCUUUAGCUGAAAUUGAGUGAGUAUCGUAAUUUCAAUUUAUUAAAAUUCUGCAUUUUUCACUAGAUGUUGAAGUAGUUUACAGAUUUGACGCUGAAUUCGACGAAAAUCGGCAAGAAUCACCGCGCUACCAGGUUGCCGAUCAAAGAUAGCGGAUCAUUCGUCGCUGCCGGAAGAGUAGCGGAUCAUUUGUCGCUACCAGAAGAGUAGCGGAUCUUCCUUUACGACAAAUUUUGUUUCUUCGCCGCCUUCAUUGAUCAUUCUCGAUGAUUAUCUCUUUGACUUCCUUGACGCCACGAUGUCUAGCAACUAUUAAAAAUUUUAACAUCAAUCUCAAAAUUUAUUAAUUCCAAAGCGAGAAGCCGUAAGACAUUUCCGCGACUCUGUGCAAUUCAGUCCGGGGUUGCACUAUUAAUUUUAUCAAAUUUCUUCCCAAGGCACACAUAAUUAAAUUAAAAAAAAAUCUAGAGCUCUAAAUUCUUUAACUUUUUAUUCUGUUUGAGGUCGCGAGAGGUUUUGUCAUCAUUUCGCACUGAUUUUCUCUGUUGAUUGUACGUUUAAAUAAUUUGGAUAAUUCAUUCUUAGGAGAAAUUAAUAAAAAGCCUAAUUUAUUUGGUAGUUUUUGAGCACAGUGUUAAGUUGCAACCAAAUUGUGCGGUGUAAUGCAAUUUCGACCUCUUUUCCAAUGCCACUUUGAAGUGACAGUUCAUGUUGAGCGUGACGUUGUAAACAAACCAGCAUAAUUUUAUGAAUUUUAUUCGUUUUCGCGUCACAGUUCGGUCGGAUUUUUUCCGUUGUCGAUUUCGGUUUCGCGUUUGCCACUCGACAGCAAAGUCGCUGGGUGCGGCACAGAUGGGCGGUCGGGCUAUUUGCCCCAAAUAGCCCUCGUACAACGAGAAAUUCCUGCAUCAGUUUCCGUUUUUUCGAACGUUUUGGAAAACUUCCGGCUGGAACCAGACAAGGUGAGAUACUUUAAAUUAUUUUUAAAAGGUUCCUAAUGUAAAUUGUAUUGUAUAAUAAUCAAAAAUAUAUCGCUGUAGAUUGCCCAACGUAACAUCCAGGUCCGACGAGGACGGGAAAACAGCAAAGAUGACGACGAAGACUGCAAAAGCAGACGGAUAUGAGGCUCUGAGGGGUGCUCGUAAGCAGGGUUACGAAUGAGCGAGCGCACACGGAAGGAGUGCUCGCUCCAGCUGGAGCGUGAGUUUUUAUCAGACACCGGGUUCGCCGUUCGCGGGAAACCCCCCCAACCCCCCUACUCUUUCCUGGGAAACCAAUCCACGAAACAGGCACACCUCUGGCACCGUCCUGCUCUGUGCAGUAGUGCCAAACAAGAAGCACAUAAGAAAGUGCCAUCGGCCACGUCCGUUCCACAGAUUGGGGCCGUUGGGGGCAAACUCCACUACAUGAAAAUCUGUCCCGCCUGUCAGGCUCGCCAUCGACAAAAUCAAAUCCCGCAUGCAAACAAUCAACGGUUUACGUGCAAGAAGAAGAAGAACACUGAAUUGGGGACGAAUAAACACCCUUUUCUGCACUGCUGGAACUUGCUCAGAUCUAGAGCAUUAUUCCGGCGGCCACACAAAUAAGGCGAGCUGUCCGUCCGUCGGCGGAACAAGGCUUUCGCUUGCACCAGGUUUUUUUCGACGCGCCGCGCGCAACAACCGGAAAAUGACGAAAUCGGCAAAAAAUCUACUUUUUUCACUAAAACUGCGAUAAUUUUUAAAUUUCAGCGAUGACCAAUAAAUGUCAGGGUAACAAAAGUUGCGUCUUUUAUUUACCCAAACAUCUAUAUGAAAAGUAUGAAAAUCAUAGAGACUUACCUAUAUGUUUUAUAAGAUUAGAAGAUUUCUGGAAUAUUUUUUAAAUAGUUCAAUAAACCAAAUAUAUAUAUAAAAAAAUCUUUUGAAAUAUUAGAAUCCCGUUUUUGCAAGGGGUAACCAAAAAGCUUUUUUUUUUUAACUUCAGUUUUAAUUUGGAGCAACAUAUGUCUCAUGGUGAGAAACAUUGGAAAGUGAUAAACAUUGAAUAAAGAAGAUAAAUGAGCGAAUAAAUUGUGCACUGUAUUCCGCCGGGGAAUUGAACCCCGUUCUAUCUCAUACCGUGAGAACGCAUCACCGAUCUGCCAACGGAACCAAACCACCGUGCUGAGAGCCGUUAGCCGUUAGCUCCCGAGCAGGGGUAAAUAACACGGGAAUACCAAAUUUUGGUAUUACUUGGGCAAA